UGAAAAAUAGAGAUUUAAAAAAUAAGCUAAUCGAAUAGCUAUUUAAAAUUCUCACAAACUAUCUUCUGAAUAGUUUACUGUACUUUAGUUGGCAGUUAUGCCAGAGAAAGAUUAGAGGGCACUCUACAGCUCAUUGCCCUUUUAUAUUACUCCAUUUGUUUUGAUAGGCAAUUUUUAUUUAUUUAUCUCUGUACCCUUUUAUAUUAUUGUAUACAUAUAUACAUGCAUACACAUGUAGAUUAGUGUGAUUCCUCUGCCCUCAUACCGUUGCUUCACGCACACUGUUGUCAUUCUACACCAGUUGGGAACCACUUCCUGCUCCAAAUUGACUUACCAUUUGCAGAACUUAAAGUUGCCCUCCUUCUGUUUGUCUUUUGGCCCAUCUCAGUAUAUUGGCUUCUUCUUCUUCCUUUAACCUUCCCCUUCUCAUUCCUUCUAAUCUCACCUCUGCCUGUGACCCUGUGCUGGGUUGCUGAUCUUUUCUCAACAUCCUUUGCUACUAUUCCCAACAAAGGAUCUGGUUUUGAGGUGGGUUUUGGGUUUUCUUCAAUUGGGCUCAUGGUUGUCUGUUGUGACCUUGAAGUGGAGGUCAAUGGGGAAGAGAUCUUCGUUCUGGACAAGAAAACAAUUUCCUUUUAUUCAGGCAGAUUAAGUAAGUUAAUCGGUAAAUCGAGGAUUGAGACGCAGGGUCUGAAGGUGAUAUUCCAUGACUUCCCAGGAGGGGCAGAGAGUUUUGAGCUCAUGACAAGGUUCUGCUACAACAGUGGCAAAUUGCAGAUAAAUCCCUUAAACCUUACUCCCUUACAUUGCGUUGCACAUUUCAUGGAAAUGAACAAAACGGCUUCCGGAUCCCUCAAUUUACUAGAGCGAACAGAGAAAUCUCUUGAAGAGAUCAGGUACUGGACAUGGUCUGAGCUUUUGGUAGCUUUAAAGCAGUGUCAAGAUUUACUUCCGGUUGCAAAUUCUUGUAAUGUACUUGAAAUAUACUUGGACUCUCUGGUUGGAAGGCUAUCAUUGGCCAGUGAAACAAGUCCAUGUCCUUCGACUUCUUCACCUGAUAGCUUUGACACUCAAAGCUAUGAGAGCUUGAAAAGUAGCUCCUUCCGGGCAACAUGGUGGUUUGAAGAUCUCGUGGCUUUGAACCCUUAUUUGAUCGAAAUGGUAACGAAAUCAAUGGUUUCGUGGAAAUUUGACCAUGCCACUAUAAGUAGGUUCCUCUUUUAUUACCAGAAGUCGAGGUUCAUUCGUGCUACUUCUGAUGAGAAGCGUGUAAUCGCUGAGACUGUAGUCAAUAUGCUCUCUUUGCUAGAUUGGAGUGCAAUUUCUUGCAAGAGUUUGUUUGGGAUCCUUAGGGUUGCUCUGAGUUUGAACAUAAGCAAAUUAGUUAGGUACAAGUUAGAGAGUAUGAUCGGUUCCCAGAUGGAUCAAGCAACUCUAGAUAAUUUACUCGUCCCACCUCAAGCCGGAGUAAACUACCUAUAUGAUGUAAAUCUGGUGCUGAGUUUUGUUAAGUCGUUUGUUGGGCAAGGACUAUGUUGUGUGCCUUUGGUACGAUUGAAGAAAGUUGCUGGCUUGAUGGAUUUGUACAUAGCAGAAGUAGCACCGGAUCCAUGUUUGAAACCGUCGAAGUUUUUGUAUCUAGUUACCGCCUUGCCAGAUUAUGCCAGAGAGAAUUAUGAUGCAAUCUACCAUGCCAUGGACAUGUAUCUAGAGGUCCAUGCAGCACUAUCUGAAGAGGAAAAAGUAAAUGUGUGUUAUGGACUGAAUUAUGAGAAACUCUCCUCAGAAGUCUACAAACACCUAACUCAGAACAAGAAAUUCCCAUCAAAAUCAGCAGUCCAAACUCUCAUCUCUCCACAGUGCAAUCUCAAAAGCUUGCGCGGAGGGACGGACCAUCGAGAGCCCUUUAUCGACUCAUCACGUAGUUUUGCAGAAAUUGAUAUCAAGGGAAAGAAAGAUGAGGCUUGUGAACAAAUUGUGCUUUAUGCGAGAAAGCUUGAUCUCCCGGCUGAAAACGAGAAGCUCAGAGCAAAUUUGCAAGGCAUGCAAUGGAGGGUUGCGGAGUUGGAAAAACUUCGUGCGAAAAUGCAAAACCAAAUGACAAAGAUGUUGAAAUCAAGAUCAUCAAGCCACAGAAACGGUAGAUCCUUGCCUAGGCUUUGUUCAUGAUGGGCACUUCUCAUUCAGGAUUAUUCUUCAUGUUUAUUUCACGGCAGUGUUCGGAUCUUUGAUUUAUGGAGGAGUUUCGUGGAACGAAAUGAAAAUGCAAGGAAACACAGCAUCGAGUCGUGGAGAGGAAUCUCACGUCUUUUUCGUUUCUCUUCGCAAAAUACUUCGAACACAGAUUUCACGGGAUAGAUGUCUACUCCUCUAGCCGAAGCAAAUCCAAGAUCCGACUGCAGCCUACAUGUUUUUGCACAUAGCAUGAGAAAUUUUUUUUUGAUCGAGUUCUUGUUUUUGUUUCUGUUUUUUCGUGAGUUUUUAGCAGUUCUUUCUUUCUCAUCUGUAACAUUAAUAAUGGAUAUGUUGAGAGCCUUAUCUAUUCUACAGGAAUUGAAACGUUGGAUAGCUGUACAUAAAUCAUAAAGAGGAAAAAGGCUGUUUGUUCUUUAA